AACGAAGCAAGUAAGACGUGUUUGUUGGUUGGUGGUUAACACUUUAACGCUGGUUUUGUUUUUUGGGAACACUCUGCUGUACGCCAAAACGCCAACCCAACAACGCAACACCAAACGACAAUUCAAAGUGCAGACGUACGCUCGCGUGGGUGUGUGUGUGUGUUCAUAUGUGCGUGUGCUUCAGCAAAUAGACGCGAACUUGCAAAAGUUGAUUAGUGCCAAAACAACAAUAACAUUAAGAAAAGUAAUAAGUAACACAAAACCAAUUGAAGACGUGCUAAAUACUUCCAGUUAAUUGAACGUAAUAACAAAAACCGUUAAAAUAUAUUGUUUAAAAAAUUUUUCGAAUUUCGUAAUGUUCGAAAAAAUUGUAAACAAAACGAUUUGUAAGUAACUAAAACUUUUAAGUGCGAAAUUUGCCUGUUGCAGCAAAUUUAAAAAUAUAAAAAGCGAAAAAUAUCAACAAAGUGCUGUGAAAAUUUAAUAAUAACUUUUUGAGUUCAAGUUUGAGAGCAAAAGGAAUUUCACAAUUGCACGCAAUAUUUAGAAACAAUUUGCCAUAAAGCGUGAGAACAGUGAAAAUCAUUUCGAUUGCAGACAAGUAUUAAAAAAGUGCUGAAUUAUACAAAAUAUCAAAACAAAAAUCAAAAAUCAAAAAGUGCUAAGAAAAAUUAUAACAAAUCAUAAAACAUUGAAAAUACAACACAACAAAUACUAAAUUGCAAAUACAUAUAACUAACUGUAAGAGACAACUCUGUUGCGCGAAUAAUCCUGUGCGAGCGCGAUCCCCACACUACCGCCCACAUUGCUGCGCAGGUACGCCGAACAGCAGCAGCAGCAGGUGUGUGUGCGCACUUAUGCAAAUGCAACAGUAACAACAAAGCGUGAAGAGAGAAAAGAAGCAAUAAUAGCAAAGAAACUCACAACCACAGAAAUAAGAAAACACUCAGCCGCAAAGCGUGCAGCAAAAAUCAGGGAAAUAAAAAACAAAACAAAAAAAAAAAAUCGAAAUUAAAUCACAAAAACUGAAACGAUGGCUGUUGUCUUUUAUAUGCCCGAGGGCGGCGGCGAUGACUCUGCAUCGUCAUCGAGUGGCGGUCACGGCAGUGCGGGCAGCGGCAGCGCUGCUUCGUCGACAUCACAAUCGCCCAACACAACCACAUCGGCUACACAAACGCCCAUGCAGAGUCCGCUACCGCCGCAUUUUAUGAUGGCCUUCUACCAAUAUAUGAAUGCUACCGCCUUCCAGUAUCCCCCACCAGCCAGUCCAUGCUGUCAAGUGCACAGUCCCUCACCAUACACAGGGAGUGGCAGCGGUGGCGGCGGUGGUGGUGGUGCCGGUGUCGGCAAUGGCGAAGUUUUUUUCCCACUCAGUCUUAGUACACCACGUACACCACGUACCAGCGUCAGUUAUGCGGCUGGCGAAGAGAAUACCUUCUUUCGUCAUCACAACAUCAGUGGCGGUUGCAGCAACGCAUCACACCUACAACCACCGCAAUCGGCACCACCAAUGCCGUCGAGUAGUCACAAUGGUGCACAUAGUCAACCAGCGCCGCAACAACAAUACCAACAAUAUACAUAUCCAUAUUAUCAAUAUACACCACCGCCGACACCGCUCACCGCCAAUGCGAGCACCUGCACCGGCAAUGUAUUCGGGGCGACGGAAGCGACAACGCACCAACGCGGUUGUGUGGCAACAGCGUCGACAUCCACAUCGACGACAUCGUGCGGUAUGGGCGGACAUUCGCGUUUGCAUCGCAGCCUCUCAGAUGCGCAGAAGCGCUCUCGUCGUACGUCAACCACCAAUGAUGAUGAACGCGAGUAUCAUAGCGAACACGAGACCAGCUGGGAUGAGUUCGAUGACCGUUAUGAUAAUUUUACCGCCGGCCGUGAACGUUUGCAGGAAUUUAAUGGACGAAUACCGCCACGAAAGAAGAAAAAGGAUGUGCCAAAAUCAAAGUACGAGAAGAAGGUGAGAGAAAGACCAUUCAAGGGUUUUAUCUGGCCCACUGUCGUCACAGUCAUCGUUGUUGCAAUCGGUUGUGGCUUCCUUGUUACGCGAUGAGUGCAACAAAAGUGAAGUUCCAGCGGCAAUAGCCUCAGCAAUACUUACAAUUUAAAAAGCAAGCAGCAGUGAAGCAAUGCAGAAAAAAAGCAUAAUUAUUUACACUUAAAGAAAAAAUACAAAAAAAUAAUAAAUUUUGAGAAAAACUUUAAAAACAAAGCACAAAUGAAAAGUGUUAAAGUGUGCGGAAAGCAGAAUGCUUUUGCCGUUUUCAUAGCAAUAAAGGAGUACGAGAGAGAAAUAUAUAAAGGUGAAGAAAUUUUCGCCAGAAAUGUGGAACGUGAAACUGUUUAAAGAAGCGCAAGUCGCGCGUGGAACGAAGCGAAGUUACGCCGGCCAGUUUUAAAACGACUCCUUGAGGAGUGGCUUGAGAGAGAAAUCUUUUCGAGAGUGAAAUUUCUAGAAUUUGCGAAUCGACUAGCGAAAAAGCGCAUCAAACCGCUACAAUUAGAGUGAAAGAGAAAGAGGUGAAAGAAGGAAAGAUAUGGCGUCAAAGAAAGAGAGAGAGAGAGAGAUAUAUAAGCGAGCAAAGCGCACAGUGUGCGACAACGAAACCGAAUUUUUAAUCAACGAAGCUUUUCUUACACACCACAAACUCCAAACGAAAUCAAAGUCGAAAACGACGUAAUUAAAGCGAACAACUAAUAUUUUUUUACACCAGCAAAGCAUAUUUUUGUACAAUGUACUCAUUUAUAGUGGAUAUACAUAUGUACGCAGACGAGUAUUUGACUAACAAAUCUCUGCCGUAUUUGGACGUGGAAAUUUCGCAUCUAGUAUACUUGAUAUGAAUUUGAACUGCCGUUAAGUGUAAGCCACUUUGUGCUUAAACAAAAUAUUUUUCUAACGAAAAUUUUGUACGUUUUUUAUUCUAAAUGUGUAACAGAUAAGACUGUUCGAUAUUGAAAGGCAGCAUUUGUACAAAACACAAUUUAAAAAUAAAGAAACUAAGACAACAAGGCAACAUUUUUAUAAAAAAUUAUAUUCAAUAACUAAAUAUAUUCUACAAUUUUGAUAAAAAAUCAGACUAACAGUAAAUUAAUUAAAAAAAAGAACUCAAUGCUAAACUUUUGUUUCAUACUAACAACUGAAAAAUGGCUAAUUUGGCGUACGGAACACAGUUUUUUCCAUACAGAUGCGCAUAUUUUUGAUAAAGAAUUUUAAGGACUUUUACAAAAUUACAAAAUAUCUUUUUUAUAUAAAAACAAACUGAAGAAAAACAGCAAAUUACAAAACAAUAAACUAAUAUUGAAAUAAAAAUUCGGGUUUCCGAAAGCGUACAAGUUUUUUCGAAACAAGAACUUUGGCGCAAUAUUUUUGAUAAAUUUUAUAAAUAUUUUUGUAACCGCAUAUAAAUAUGUAUGUAGGUAUGAGAGUAACUGAAAUACCAACAAUUUUUGCUAAGAGGUUUACAAAUCAAAAAA